UACCAAUUCAUCUGAUAAAAUUGAAACAAUAGGAAGGUAAUCAUCAAAGACCAGAGCCAAGGACCUGUUCUAACCUCAAAAGAAAUCGGUGCAAAUCCGAAAUGCCCAAAAUUGUACACUCUCUCUCCUACUCAUCAAUGAAUUCCACCCUCAAAUUCCAUUCAAUUCCCAAAAUUCAUCCUCCAUUUUCAAUAGAUUCCACAUGCUUAGUGACUAAUUCUGUAAAAUUGCCCACUGCUAAAACGAAGAACAAAUUCCGACAAAUAAUUAAUUGUUGUUCAGAAAACCAAAGUAGAACCCUAAGAACUUGCAAAAGUUGCAAAACCCAGUUCGAUCCAGCUCUCAAUCACCCUCUUGCUUGCCGAUUUCACACUGCUCAUUUUGGAGGAGAGACAAAGAGGAAGUUUGAGAGUGUCUACACAGGAGGUACGAUGAACACCCCCAAUUCUGGUCAAGUUUUACAGUACUGGCAUUGUUGUGGAUCGGAAGACCCAUUUGACCCUGGAUGCACCUCAGCCCCACACUCAUCUUACGAUGAUUGACAGUGCUGCCAUUUGCAAAUAAGGUCAUCACUGUUUUAAGCUAUUGGUUUUUGUAAAGAAGUCGGGAAAGAUAAUAUUAUUGCAGUUUCUUGUAGCAUUGAAUUGUCACCAUUCAAUUCGAACAUAUGGAAUCCCUGAUUCUUAUGCAACUAUGCAAUUGCAUAAAAGAAUGAAGAGAUUGAUGGACAAAAUGUAUGGCAUUUGUAAAAAUGUCCUUGUCCUUGUCCUUGUCCCUGUCACUGGAGCAGCUGUCUUGUUUGCAAGUCUGUUUUUACUGAGGUUGUUGUAUGUAUUAAUUUGUUAGUUUCAGUAACAAUCUGUAGUCCAAAUCUAUAGCUCAACAGGAAAUGAAGAUGGUUGGCAAGCAUGAUGAAAACUGUGGUGCAAGCUAUUCUGAUUUUCUUGAUCAAAGUAGGGAAUGUAACAGAUAUCAGAAAUUGGAAGGGUAUUUGGAUCUUUGACAAGGACAGCAACGUUUACCAUGAGCAGGUGAAGGUAACAACUGUUAUUGAUUCCGAGUCUGCAAUUGGGAAGUUGACAUUAUUCUAGAGUUUUUCCAGUUGGAGAGAUAGCUAGUGAACUCAUCCAAGCAAUGCCCAUCAGUGAAAGGUUCCCUGCCGAUAGUCGAUAGUCGAUAGAUAUAGGGGCAGGGGUGCUGAUUUUGUGGAGGCUGGAAGAAAAUUGAAUCCUACUCUUUCCCUCCCUUUGUCUCUCUACAAAUUCCAAUCCAGUUUUCUUAAAAUACGGAGUAAUUAAAUGUUUUUUCUUUGCUUUACUUGGCACUUGCUACACGCCCAAGUACAGCGUACCAAAGCUAUCAAUGUUGAUUUUUUUGAUACGAAACUACUUUAUGUCUUAAAAAUGUAACUAUGUAGAAUAAUUUGAAUGAUAUAGAGGAAGUAGUUUAAUUAUUGUAUGACAAUUGGUUGUUGCCUCGUUUAGUUGACUUUUAACUAAACAACGCCUAUAUCAA